AUGGGGAAGUGUAAUGUCGUCCUUGUCCUUCUGUCUAACAUGGGAAAGGCAAGCGCCGCUAGCGCAGCUGCAAGUCUUCGAUCGAGCUAUCCGCGGGUAUCGCUGGCCUUUUUGGUCGGCAUUUGUGGGGCGGUCCCAUUUGCAGGAUCGGAAAGGGACCCUGUUGUCCUCGGCGACGUGAUCAUAAGCAACUGCGUGGUCCAGUAUGACCUUGGAAGAGCGCUUCCGGAUCGCUUCGUCCGCAAAGACACCGUCCAUGACAGUCUUGGAAGACCAAACAAGACCGUUCGCAACAUCCUGAUCAAGCUUGAUACGAACAUCGACCGCGAACAUAUCGAGAAACGGGCGGGUGACUUCCUCAAAGCUCUUCAGACAAAGAGCGAAGAAGAAGCCAAACGGAAGCGAAGAGGCAGGCAUACCAGCUACAAGUACCCGGGAGCAGCCAACGACCUCCUCUUCCCUGCCUGGUACCGACACAAGCAUACUGCUGAUUCCGGGUGCAGAACGUGUAAAAACUGUCACAGCAACUCGGAUCCCGCUUGCGAUGAGUCUCUUACAUUGUCAUGCAAAGAGUUAAAAUGUGAUAUGAGCUGCGUGGUAUGGAGAGAACACUUGGAGUCAGCCUCAAAUGAUCCUCAUGCCAACUCGGAUGCCAGGGGUGUCGUCUUCUUCAUUGGCACAAUCGGAUCUGGAGAUAGCGUUAUUCGGUCUGGCGAGCACCGUGAUCAGAUCGCUAAGCAGACAGGAGUUAUUGCUUUCGAGAUGGAAGGAGCAGGCGUAUGGGAUGAGCUGCCAUGCAUCGUGAUUAAGGGCGUGUGUGACUAUGCCGACAGCCACAAAAAUAAAGAAUGGCAGAGUUAUGCUGCGGCAACCGCGGCGUCGGUAGCGAAGGCGGUUAUGGAGAGAUAUGUCGCCUUUGCUAGGGUUUCCGACUCUUCGCAUGGUAAGAUUACCGCCGCUCGAGCCGAGGGACACCCCGCUGACCAUUUUAGAGCGACUAUUUGUCAACCGUGGAGACAUUCUCGACCAGAUCGGCCAACGAUGUUCGGGGCCGGCCGGCCGUGUGGCCCUAGUCGGCCUCGGUGGCGUGGGCAAGUCACAACUGGCUAUCGAAUACGCGCACCGAACAGCGGCAAAGGAGCCUGA